AUGAGCAUUGCAUGUCAGCUGACAUACAGAUCGGUGAAGAUAAGCGAGGACAAGGAGGGCGUGGACGAGUUCGUGCACAACUUGCGGAUCUGGAUGAAGGACAAGAUGUCCAUCGCGGCCGUGAAGGAGGGCACGGAGAAGCUCGUCGGCUGCCUCAUCAUGCGCAUACAGGAGAAAAAUUCAUAUUCCCGGACAUUCAGCCGCGUAAAGCUAACGUACAACCCGCUUUACAGCACUGUUAUGAAGUUUUACAACGAGGUUGAGAAGCCUGUGAAUUUAUUCGAGAAGCUCGGCGUGAGGAAAUAUCUGAAGGUGUACAUAAUGGCUUUGAAGAGCAGGUACCGGCAUAGAGGAAUAGGAGCCGAGCUGCUGAAAGCCGCGUUCCCUUUAGCAGCCAGCGGCUUCAUACCAGCUGUUACCGGGAUUUUGAGUACCGGACACAUGCAGAAGGAGGCUGAGAAACUGGGCUUCCAGAAAUUCAAUGAGAUAUAUUAUGUUAGGUAUCUUAUUGAUGAUGAGAUCGUGUUCUGGGACACGGGACUGGGUAACUACGGCGCUGCCCUGAUGGGUUACCGUAUUCCAGGCGUCGAGGAGAUACCUGACCUGCAGCCGGCGCGCUCCUCCAGGUUCCAGGUCAUGGAACAACUGGAUGAUGAUGAUGAGACGUGACUAACGUGCCGUGAUGGCUUGAAUUAAACAUUUUGGGACUUUCAAUCAAUGCUUUGUAAAAAAUAAG